GUCGCUGAGCGGGGCGCGAUGGCCGCCGGGGGUCUUUGGCUGCCGCUGCUUCUGCCGGCGCUGCUGCUGCUCUCUUGCCGCGGGGCUUUAACGCGGAGCGCCGCGGGGCCGCGCUACUCCCCCGAGUGGUCCAGCCUGGAUGCGCGGCCCCUGCCUGGCUGGUUCGACGCGGCCAAGGUCGGGAUCUUCGUGCACUGGGGGGUCUUCUCGGUGCCCGCCUGGGGCUCGGAGUGGUUCUGGUGGCACUGGAAGGGCGAGCUCAAGCCCGGCUACGAGCGCUUCGUCCGCCUCCACUUCCCUCCGGGCACCUCCUACGCCGACUUCGCCCCGGGCUUCUCCGCCGUCGACUUCCAGCCGGAGGAGUGGGCGCAGCUCUUCCAGGACGCCGGGGCCAGGUAUGUGGUGUUCACUGCUAAGCAUCAUGAAGGCUUCACCAACUGGGGGUCAGAAGUGUCCUGGAACUGGAAUUCAGUGGAUACUGGUCCCCACCGUGACCUAGUUGGUGAACUAGGAGAAGCUGUCCGAAAAAGAAACAUAUCCUUUGGUCUCUAUCACUCCCUUUUUGAAUGGUUUCAUCCGUUGUAUUUACUGGACAAAAAUAAUAGCUUCAAGAGCCAGUUUUUUGUCUCUGAGAAGACUCUUCCAGAACUCUAUGAACUUGUUUUAAGGUACAAGCCGGAUCUUAUUUGGUCGGAUGGCGAUUGGGAAGCUCCAGAUACGUAUUGGAAUUCAACUUCCUUCCUUGCCUGGCUAUACAAUGAUAGCCCAGUUAAGGAUACGGUGGUGGUGAACGAUCGAUGGGGCGUCAAUUGCUCCUGCAAACAUGGGGGCUACUACAACUGCCAGGAUAAAUUCGAGCCCAGCUCCCUGCCAGAUCACAAGUGGGAGAUGUGCAGCUCGGUUGACAAAAAGUCCUGGGGAUAUCGCAGCGACAUGCAAAUUUCUGAAGUCAUGAAUGAGUUCACCAUUAUUCAGCAAUUGGUGCAUACUGUCAGUUACGGAGGAAAUUACCUUCUCAAUGUGGGGCCCACCAAAGAAGGACGGAUUGUUCCCAUUUUCCAAGAGAGGCUCCUGGCCCUCGGCAUGUGGCUGAAGGUGAACGGGGAGGCCAUAUAUGAAUCCAGGCCUUGGAGGACCCAGAAGGAGAACCGCAGUGAGGAGACCUGGUACACCUCAAAGGGACCCGCAGUCUACGCUAUUUUCUUGGUGUGGCCAAAAGAUAAUGUGCUGACUCUUUCAUCACCUGUUGUGUCUGCAAGUACUCAAAUCACCAUGUUGGGAUUCUUCAAGCCUUUAAAGUGGCAGUCAUCACCACAACAAGAAUUGCAGAUCUUGUUGCCCUCAGAAAAUCGUUGGCUUCUCCAAUUGGAGCACGGCUGGGUUGUGAAACUGCUUGGAGUGUCCUGAUGGGAAAGUUGGAAAAAAAUCACAGAAUAACUGUCUGUCCUUUUUAUCUCAUGCUUAAACCUGGUGAUUAAGAGAGCCUGAUCAAAUCUGGGAGAAGUUGCACUUAAAGAAUGCUUUAGCAUUUCCAGGCUGGCCAUCCAUGUGCUUACCAUUUUCAAAAGGAUGGUUGUAAAUUAGGUAUCUGAUUUGAGUUAAUCCCGAUAUAAUACAGAAAGCCAAAAUUGGGCUGAGAUACAUCAAAACUUUGCUUCAGUUGGAAAGAAAAAUGUCUCAGAGAAAUUAUAUUUUCUGGCACAAAACUUGGUAUGGAAAAGCCCUUAGCUGCCAUUUUUUUCCCAGGAGCUGGCUUUGAAAAUGUAAAUCUACUUCCCUCAAUUAGUCCUGGAUGAAAAAAAAUUAUAUGAGGUUGCUUUAGAAGGUGGCUUCAAAAGCUUCCACACUAGGGGUGAAAUCCAGCUGGUUCUGACGGUUCUGGAGAACCGGUAGCGGAAAUUUUGAGCAGUUUGGAGAACCGGCAAAUACUACCUCUGGCUGGCCCCAGAGUGGGGUGGGAAUGGAGAUUUUGCAGUAUCCUUUCCCCCAGGAGUGGGGAGGGAAUGGGGAUUUUGCAAUAUCUUUCCCCCAGGAGUGGGGAGGGAAUGGGGAUUUUGCAGUAUCCUUCCCCUGCCACGUCCACCAAGCCGUGGCCACAGAACCGGUAGUAAAAAAAAAAUUGGAUUUCACCAGUGCCUCCACAGAAGUUCUGGCUGAGGCAGAACAGAGAAGCCUUGAAGCUACGCUUAAAAAUAAGCAGGGAUGAAGGGAACACAGAAUGAUCUCGGACGGCUAAUAGCAAACCACUAAUAAUAGAUCCCAUUAUGGGGCAAUAGAGAAUGAUAUGCCAGGUGUACUAAAAUGAUGAAAUGACUUGAGGAGGAGAAAAAUAAUGUCAUUCUUGGAAAGCAGAGUAUUAUGACACGCAGUUUUGUUUUUGGGAUUUCAGGAUUGGGCAAGACAAAGGACACUCCUGGAAUAAGAUCUAAUGCUAUGUUUGUUUUCAUGAAAAUCACAUUUUUAAAAAUUCCCACCUACUGGUUCCACCUAUGGAGGUAACAGAUAAAGUCAUUUCUUAUUUUCUAGUCUUUUGUUGGUCAUUCUCUCAUCCAGGCAAGAUUCGGCAGCUCAAAACAUCCAGUUGAAACAACAACAUAUUUACUAGGCCCCUUUUUUCGGCCGUAGGUUUCAGCCACUAGUUCUCUAUUUUUGCAAGCCUGAUUAUGACAAAAUCUACUUCCCUCGUGGGCUUCUCAUUAAAUUUUCCUUUGCUACUACCUUCCCUUUUGAAUUUGUUUUUAAUAAAGAAGAUUGGAGAGGAAAUACACAUCCAUUCCAUCCCUCAAGGAUGGUUCUGGUUUUUCCAAAUACAAGCCGGUCAUAUCCUGGUUCAGGAAAGGAAGUUUUUAGUCACAAGAUCGAGCAGUGGAGUCUAAACCAGGGGUCUCCAACCUUGGUCCCUUUAAGACUUGUGGACUUCAACUCCCAGAGUUCCUCAGCCAGCUUUGCUGGCUGAGGGACUCUGGGAGUUGAAGUCCACAAGUCUUAAAGGGACCAAGGUUGGAGACCCCUGGUCUAAACUGAUGUUUCUCGUUUAGACACUGUAAAGAGGAGAGCCUCCUUGGGCAAAAAAUCUGAUAACACCUUUUCCAAAUAAACUGGAUUCCCCCACCCCCUGCAAAUUAAUGUAACCCAGAUGAUAAGGGUCAAGGAGCUGGCCUGAUGCUCUCACAAAUGGGUCUUCUUUUGACAAUUUCUGUGGUUCCUAUUUUAAUUGAGGCAAGGACCACAGCUACCAAGCUGAGCUUGGGUUCAUAGCAGACAGGUUUUGCCAGAAAUAAUGACCUUAAGAGAGGAGUGAAGCAGUGUGAAUAUUGUCACCUCUCCAAAGUCUCCAGAUUAGGAGAAGGGACCGGAGCAAUGAAUUAGCCCGGUGAUGGCUAACCUUUUUUUCCUCAGCUGCCAAAAGCAUGCACGCAUGUGCAAUAGCGCAUGUGCACAUGCCCACACCCAUAAUGUAAUACCCACCACGCAGGCCCUGCCCCUCCCAUACAUGCGCAAGCAACCCCCCUGCCCUGCCCCCUACGCAGGCAUGCGUAACCCUCCUGCGCUCCUCCCACACGCAGGCAUGCGUGAUCCCCCCCCCCUAUUUAGGCCUUAGCAGGCUUCCCUGAAGCCUCCGGAGGCUGGAAACAGCCCGUUCCUGGACUUCCGGUAGGCCCAUUUUUCGCCCUCCCAGAGCCUCCGUGCGAGCCCUGUAACUACCUGGCAUCCAUAACGGGCCGCGUGGAGACUCCUGGGAGGGGAGGGGUGGUAUGGACAUAUGCACGCGUCUCCCGCAUGCGCGGCAAAGACCCAAAAACCAGCUGGCCGGUGGGAGGCGCGCGCGCAUGCCCGCAGAAAUGGCUCCGCUUGCCACCUGUGGCCCGCAUGCCAUAGGUUCGCCAUCAUGGAAUUAGCCAAUCCAAAUAGCUUUAAGUAUUGUGUGGCCAGCAUUUUGCAAUUCUGAGAAUAUCCCAUUCCAGUAACGGCUGAUACCAGUGGUCAGAUAAGACAGGGAAUGAGAAAGUGGGUGAAUAGACUAGAACCCAAUUUCCAAAAAGAAUAGGCUUUUGCAUGCAUAAAUUAAAUCAAUGCUGGUAAAUUAAGAGGGGGGGGGGAUACAGCAACAUGUAGACGGUACAGGUAGUCUUCCACUUACAAUAGUUUGUUUAGUGACCAAAGUUACAACAGUACUGAAACAGUGAUUUAUGACUGUUUUUCACCGUUACCACCUUUCCAGCGUCCCCAUGAUCACGUGAUCAGAAUUCAGAUUCUUGGCAACUGGUUCAUAUUUAUGACGGUUGCAGUGUCCCAAGGUCACGUGAUCAACUUUUGUGACCUCCUGACAAAGCAGUCAAUAGGGAGCCCAGAUUCAGUUAACAACCGAGUUACUAAUUUAUCAACUGCAGUGAUUCACUUAAUAACAACUGAGACAAGUAAUGUUGUAAAAUAGGGCAAAAUUCACUUAACAAAUGUCUCGGUUAACAACAAAUUUUUAGGCUCCGUUGUGGCCAUAAGUCAAGGACUACCUGGGUAAGAUUUCAAGAGAUGAUUCUGAUAAAGAUUUCUGCAAUGUAUCCAUCAUGAUGCCUUUUUAUUCUUUUACUAUCGGCUCUUAAACUUUUCUUUAAAAAAUGAAUAAAUAUUAAAAUAAA